CGUUUCAAAUUGAACGCUCACAUUCGAAGUCUGAAACGUAUCCCAACUGAAAACUCGAAACCGAAAAAAAAAAGCAAAAAGGAAAAAAAGACAAAAAAAAAGCAAAAAAGAAAAAAAAACGUUUCUUUGAGGAACAUUCACCCCCUUUUUCCUUUUAUUCUGUUACAUACUCGAAAAAAAUUCAAAAAAUGGCGUUGAAUUUGGCACACCAGAUUGGAGCUCUCGUCGGGACACAAAUUCCGACUGAAUUCACCACAGGAGAACAACCACCGUCGGCGACGACGAGUGCGUCGGCAGUUUGGAAAACACCGAUGGUGAAUCUCCGAUGCAAUGCCCAACAAAAAACUGUAUCGCCACCUAUGUUAACUCCACCGCUGACACCGCGCAGCGCCGGAAACAGGUCGCCUUUGAUAAGCCCGACGCUGCGUCUGGACCUUUCAGCAACUUGCCAGGCCUACGCAACGUUAGCUCCGCCAGAGACGGCGGAAGGUGAGGAGGAGGCGGCUGUGGCGUGGAAGGAGGGAGAUAGGAAGGAGAAGAAGAAAGGGGUUCCGGUGUACGUGAUGAUGCCGUUGGACAGCGUGACGAAUGGAAACACGGUGAAUAGGAAGAAGGCGAUGAAUGCGAGUCUUCACGCAUUGAAAAGCGCGGGUGUGGAGGGGAUAAUGAUUGACGUUUGGUGGGGGCUGGUGGAGAGGGAGGCGCCGGGUGCGUACAAUUGGGGUGGCUACGCCGAGCUGCUCGAGAUGGCUAAGAAACAUGGCCUCAAAGUCCAGGCUGUCAUGUCGUUUCAUCAGUGCGGCGGCAACGUCGGUGACUCUUGCACUAUUCCUUUGCCCAGGUGGGUUAGGGAAGAGAUGGACAAGGAUCCAGACAUUGCAUACACUGAUCAAUGGGGAAGAAGGAAUUAUGAAUAUGUUUCACUUGGCUGUGAUACCAUUCCUGUCUUGAAGGGCCGUACACCUGUUCAAUGUUAUGCUGACUUCAUGCGUGCCUUUAGGGACAACUUCAAACAUCUCCUUGGAGAUACCAUUGUGGAAAUCCAAGUGGGAAUGGGUCCGGCAGGUGAGCUUCGGUAUCCUUCAUACCCAGAGGAGAAUGGGACAUGGAAAUUCCCUGGAAUUGGAGCCUUCCAAUGUUAUGAUAAGUAUAUGCUUAGCAGCCUAAAAGCAGCAUCUGAAGCGGCUGGUAAGCCAGAAUGGGGUAGCACAGGCCCAAUUGACGCUGGUCACUACAACAAUUGGCCAGAAGAUACACCAUUUUUCAAGAAAGAAGGUGGUGGUUGGAAUAGUCCCUACGGUGAAUUCUUCCUCUCCUGGUAUUCUCAGAUGCUAAUAGAACAUGGUGAGAGUGUUUUAUCGUCGGCGACUUCAGUUUUUGAAGGUGCAGGCGUGAAGAUCUCUGUAAAAGUUGCUGGAAUCCACUGGCACUAUGGAACCAGAUCCCACGCUCCUGAACUCACAGCAGGUUACUAUAACACAAGGUUCCGAGACGGUUACCUCCCUAUUGCUCAAAUGCUAGCACGUCGUGGUGCUGUUUUCAAUUUCACUUGUAUAGAAAUGCGUGAUCAUGAACAGCCACAGGAUGCCCUAUGUGCACCUGAGAAGCUAGUCAAGCAAGUAGCUUUAGCUACUGGAGCAGCACAAGUUCCCCUUGCUGGGGAAAAUGCACUGCCCCGUUAUGAUGAAUAUGCUCACGAGAAGAUCUUACAAGCAUCAUCGUUGAAUUUUGAUGGCUCCUCAGGUGAUAGGGAAAUGUGUGCAUUUACUUACUUGAGGAUGAACCCUUCCCUCUUUCAGCCGGACAAUUGGAGAUGGUUUGUAGCAUUUGUUAAGAAGAUGAAAGAGGGGAAAGAUGCUCAUCGGUGUUGGGAGCAGGUGGAGAGGGAAGCUGAACAUUUUGUGCAUGUCACCCAGCCUUUCAUUCAGGAGGCUGCUGUUACCCUUAUGCACUAGCAAGGGGAUCUUUUGCAUACUGGUAAGAUAGCUUAGUACAGAGUUCGAUCAAUAACAGUUCCUUAGGGAUCAUGCAAUGCUGUAGCUUUUUUUUUCCUAUGCUGUGGCUAUCAAAAUGUUUGUUGUAGAAGAUGGAAUUCUAUGUACUUUGUUCGAAUA